AUGGCCGGCACCAACGUACCUGAGCCCGAAUACUCUAACGUGCUGAUCCCGGAAAGCGAUGACAGCAGCGAGACCGAUUCGGCCAUCGGUGGGCUGACAUAUGCUAUGCAGAAAGAGAGAGACAGGUUGGAUCUCCAGCAUAUGCUCUUCAACAUUUCAUGCGACGGUGCUCUAGCCCUCGCACCUAUCGGGAGCCCCAAGCGCGUUCUCGACCUAGCGACCGGCACCGGCAUAUGGGCGAUGGACUUUGCGGAACAGUAUCCGGACGCACGCGUAAUGGGCACCGACCUCUCACCUAUUCAGCCUAACUAUGUCCCGACCAAUUGCCACUUCGAAAUCGCAGACGCAGAGGACGAAUGGAACUUUUCACGACCUUUCGACUACAUCCAUGGGCGCGCGCUGUUAACAUGCUUUGCGGAUCCACGAUCCAUCAUCCAGAAAGCCUACGACAACCUCGCACCUGGCGGCUACCUUGAGCUUCAAGAUGGCCUCUUUCCAUUCCAGUUCAUGGAUCCACAGCCCCCGCCUGAACACCCGCUUCGCGCAUUCUUGGAGCUGAUAGCCGCCUGCGGCGCUAAGAUUGGGCGCCCGUGGAACAACGUGCAGCACUACAAGAGGUGGAUGCAGGAGAUCGGCUUCGAGGCUGUCGAAGAGAAAAGACUGUAUUGGCCGUGUGGGCCGUGGGCAAAGGGCGAGAAAAUGAAGAAAUUGGGUGUUUACUUUCUGGAGGAUCUUAGGCAUGCUUUUGAGCCGGUAGCUAUGAAGAUGUUUGUGAAGAUUCUUGGGUGGAGUGAGGAGAAGGCGAAGAAGUGGGUUACUGAAGAUGUUAUGCCGUAUCUGGGGGCGAAGAAGACGUACAUGUAUGAGACGGUGUAA